AUGCACCUUGUUUUGGUCAAGUCAGGGGCACCCCUUACCCCUCUCCAACUGUUUUGUAAACGUGUGAUUCUCGAGAGUGUUGACCGGAAGAUUCAGCGGCAGGAAAGUCUGCGGGAAGAUGCCCAGGAAGGCUUCAAGCUGGAAGAGUUACCGGCAGAGAUGGGGGAGAGAAGGGGGUUGAUAUCCACGGAUCGCUCUGCGGGGGCUAUAUCUCUGGGUGUUACGACCUCGUCUCUUGAUAAGCUUGCCGAUGUGAUCCCCAAACAGCUUGGGGUUAAGGAAAGGGACUUCGAUGCAGUCGAGGGGUAUAACCUCCACUCCAAUCGCCACGGAAACCGCCACUUCUCCGCCGGAACCCAAGAAAAAGGAAUGGAUGGCCGAGAGAGGUUGCCCCUCACAUCUGAAAGGAAGCCCAAAGGGAUCAGAACACCAAAUCGCGAAUCUCGAAUCUGGGCUCGAGAGACAUUCCUUGUAACAACACGAGAGGUCAUUGUCGAAAACCAGCCUGGAGCCCAUGCCUCUUGGCUCCUCCUCCUCCGCAACAUCGUCAAGGAGGCUAUCUACUGCCAGUCUGCGGACUUUAGAGGCCUACCGCAGCCCUCCGCAAAGCAAUCGUUGUUUCGUCGGAAGUUUGAAGUCCUCCUCUCAACGGCAGUCAAGCCACAACCCCUCCCGUUUCAGCGUCAACCUAAAGGACGAAUUAUCCCCCCCUCGGCCCCUAUAUCGUUAGGUAACAAACAAACCCCUGGACCCAAUCCCAAGAGCUCCGCCCCUUCAUCCUCCUCCAGCCCAUGGACCUCUCCCACUACGAGGGGGCUCUCCGGCCUCUACUUCGCCCUUAACCUCGGGGCAGAAUCCAAGGUGAAUCGCGACCUAGGGUUCAAACCCCCCAGUCCCCCCUCCAGCUCACCAGUAAGGGAGCCCCGUUCUCGUCGACACCGAGCUAUCAUCCGCGCCCGAGCCGCAGUUUUGUCACCCCGGGCAACCCCCCACGCCCCUUUUACACGAUCACCACUCCGCAGAUCUUUAUCCGUUGUUGCCCCCGAAUCUACCGCUACUGAGAUACCUACCUCUGAACCGGGUGAUCGUGGCUCCGCUACCCCUUUUCGUUCCCCCGGAAACCGUGAAGGCAAGGUAAACAGUACCCCUAAACGGAAGCGGUCAGAGCCCUUGCUGCAUUACCAGCAAUAUGCUGGAGGGAAGGAGUCGGAAGAAGAGAUGUUUAUUCCGGAUGUCGCCAAGCUUGCCGAAACCUACGAGAAAAUGAAGCAGUAUGAAGGCCAGGCGUUCGGCAGUUUUGGCUCACCGACUCGGAGAAAAGAGCUGCCGGAAGGUGGCGUUGUUAGGAGGGUGAGUGAGCUGGAUGCAUUGUUUGAGGAGGAUGGAGACAGGGUAGUUGAGGUGGAUAGUGAUCUGGCGUGGAAGAUUGAAAGAUAUGAUAAGUAA